AUGAGAGUCUUACGCGAUCUUGCACUAACUGUGUCUGCAUUCACGGUAGCAAAUGCUCUACCAAAUCAAAUCCCUAUCUCGCCUAUUCCACAAGCAGUGGAAUAUCAGGUGCUAAAACACGAAGCGUUUCCUGAUUACCAGUUGCGUGUUCACCACGUAGCAAAGGGAACCAAAGCUGUCUGUGACAAUGUCGAACAAAUCUAUGGAUAUUUCGACGUGACGGGAUCCAGACAUUUAUUCUUUUGGUUAUUUGAAUCAAGAUCCAAUCCUGAAGCGGAUGAUUUCGUAUAUUGGACUAAUGGUGGACCAGGAAGUUCCAGUGUUUCAAAUGGUCUGUUGAUGGAGUUGGGGCCGUGUAGAGUGAAUCCCGGAGGGAAGACAACGACACCCUUUGAAUACUCUUGGAAUCAGAAAGCCACUGUCUUGUUUGUGGAUCACCCUGCUGGAGUGGGAUUCAGCUAUUCUGAUAAUAUCCUGACUACGCCUUACUCUUCAAUGAUUGCUGCCUCUGAUAUAUACGGUUUACUUCAAUUAUUGUUUGUCUACUUCCCAAAAUACGCCAAAUUGCCCUUCCAUGCUACGGGAGAGAGUUAUGCUGGUCAUUACAUUCCCGCUAUCGGCAUUACCAUCUUCAACAACAACCGUGAUGCUAAAGGACCAGUGAACAUUAAUCUCAAGUCCAUCGCUAUUGGAAACGGCUGGACUGAUCCACGCGAACAGUUCGUGGGAUACGCUGAAAUGGCUUGUGAUGGCAAAUAUGCCCCAUUGGUAUCAGACGAAUCAUGUGAUAGCAUGUAUGGCUCCUUAACCCGAUGCCGUCAAUUAAUGGAUCUUUGCUACCGUUUCCCUGGUGCUUCCAGUGUCACUUGUCUUCCGGCCAAUUUAUAUUGUGAACGACAAUUGAAUGGGCCUUAUGAUGCUACCGGACGUAACCCUUACGAUGUGAGAAUGGUGUGUGGAGGAGAUAAUGAUGAUCCUUGUUAUCCACAAGAGAAGGAUAUCGAGUUCUGGCUCGAUUUGCCAUCCACACAAGCAUACCUUGGAGUGAACAGAUCCUUUGUUCCUGGCUCUGAAACUGUGGCUGGACUGUUCUCGCUUAGUGGUGACCAAGGGAAACCAUUCGUCAAAGAAAUCCAAGAACUCCUCUUGAACGAUAUCUCUGUAUUAAUUUACGUUGGUGAUGCCGAUUGGAUUUGUAAUGCUCCUUCCCAAGUGCUUUGGAUGCGACGCGCGUUUGUUGGAUUCCUUGAUGCGAAGGAAAUCCCAUGGAAGUCGUCCAUCACUGGGAGAGAUGCUGGAUUUUACAAACUUGUGCCAAAAUUGAAGCUGGCAUAUGUUAAUAUUUAUGAGUCUGGGCACUUUGUUCCAACCGAUCAACCGGAACAUGGUGUCGAAAUGCUAAAUGAAUGGUUGGAUAUGGUAAAAAAGACUAGUCAAAUGUCAGAAUUCGAUGGUAAAUUUCUGGGUAAAGUUCUUUGA